AUGCGCAACCUACGAAGCCUCGUUGUCGCAUUGGCGGCCACAGUCGCUGCGCUCCCUGGCGCGUGGGCGGCUGUGGUGCCACCGCUGGCCGCCGACAGUGUCGAGACCCAGACCAACGAGAUCCGUGCCCUGCCGGCGUCGGGAUACUUUGACCUCAAGGCCCCGUCGCUGGAUCUCUUCCGCCACAAGACGCUGCAGGAUGACACGGUGCAGCAGGGGUUCGCCUUUGACCAGCAGAACCGGCGGCUGUUUGUGUCACAGCGACGCAACGGCGCGGCUGAGACCGCCGGCGACCUGACGAUUACCCAGCUCGACUUUUCUGGCAAGAACAUCGGGCACAUGUAUCUCAAGGGCUUUGGCCACGGCGUUGCAUUCGCCGCGCAGGGCGUCGGCAAAGACACGUACCUGUGGACUGAAGUCGACGCCAGCAAGAGCGGCUAUGGGCAGCAGCUCGCGCGGUUCAAGUUUGUCCACGGCAAGACGCUGAGCAAGAGCACGAGCGGGCUCACCAAGUUCAAGCCGUUCCCCAAGGGCGGCUCCAUGACCUGCGUCAUCAACCCCGUCGACAACACCCUCGUCGUGCGGUACCAGCUCUCCGGGGCCAAGUGGAUUGCCGCGUUCCCGCUCGCCAGCGCGACAAAGGGCGACUUCUCCAAGCCGCUCGUCAACUUCAAGCAGCCCGACGUCAAGGGCAAAUCAGACGUCUUCCAGGGUUACGCAGCAUACGGCCAGUACCUCUACGUCCUGACGGGCACGUCGUACGAGAAGAGCGGUGGCGCCGUCAAUUCCGAAGUCGCCAGCAUCGACAUGAAUACGGGAACAGCCCAUCAGAAGCCGGCGCUGACCAAGGCAGGCGAGUCGCUCGAGUUUCGGGAACCCGAAGGCAUGGGCGUGUACACGACGGCGGCGGGCGAGCCACGCCUCUUCCUAGGCUUCGCGUCGGGCAAGGGCGGCGACCGUCGGUCAAACCUCUUUUACAAGAAGGUGAUGGUCAAGAAGUAG